AUGUACGAACUUGGGCAAUUUUUUCAACACCGGUACAGCUCAUUUGUGGAACGCUUCGAUACUGAAGAUAUAGACCUGUUAUCAUCAAACUCGGAUAGAGCCAUUGUCAGUGCCCAAGCGAUGCUACGUGGAUUUUUCCCAGCUGACAGCAAGGAUGAUCAGUGGUUAAAUGGCGAGUUGUGGCAGCCGCUACCAUUCCAUACGGGUCCCAUGGAUGCUGCAGAUGCCGUUAGUUUUACUGUUCUGAAUUUACUAAAACCUACCGAUUAUUCCUGUCCAAUUUAUGAACGCUAUACUGAAAAGCAGAAUGAAGAACUGUUCAAGAAUAUCAGCAAAAAAUACGCCGAAUUUUUUAGCUUUCUCGCAAAUGUCACUGGAUUUCCAAAGGUGAAUCUGAAGAAAGCAGCAUCGCUGUACAACAUUCAUCGUGAGAUAAGACACGAUCUUGCUCAGCCCACCUGGGUCUACAAAAGAUGGCCGGAGUAUGACAAUCAAACAACGUUGGAGAUAAUAGGUGAGCUGAAACGAAUUAGCCGCAUCGCGGAGUUCAAUUCACCCGAAAAAGCCCGUCUGCGCGGAGGUCUACUUAUGGGCGACUGGAUCGCUAGGAUGCGCAAUGUAUCGCGAAGAAAGCCUGUUAAGCCACGCAAAAUGUUGCUGUACUCAGCAGUAGGUUUCUUUUUCUUCUGA